AUGGCGUCUGUGACGCCCGCCGGCCACCGUCGCCGACGAAGUAGUCUCAUCAAUCCCGCCAAUGCCUCCAACAAUCGCCACGCACGGACUCGGUCCCUGUCAUUAAGGGGUGUGCCCAGCGGGGACGAUGAGGACAAGAUCGUCGAGGAGAGCGCCGACGAGGGCUCUCCACGCCCUGGCGAAUUGGAUGAGGCGGGUUUGACCGACGAAGACCUCCACGACGACGAGGAGACGGGCCUGACCGGGAAAGACAGACGCAGGAAGAGGCGGAAGAGGAGGAGAAACCAGCUGCUCGACCAGCGCAUAGCCGGAGGCGACAUCUCCCCGGAGGAGAAGAAAGAGGCGGAUCGCAACGUCGCAAGGAGCCUUCUAGUCAAUGGCGCUCUGAUCGGGCUCUGGUAUUUCUUUUCAUUAUCAAUCUCUCUGUACAACAAAUGGAUGUUUUCACCAGACAACCUGAACUUCCCGUUCCCUAUGUUCACCACUGCCGUGCACUUUCUUGUGCAGUUCACACUAGCGUCUGUUGUAUUAUGGCUCUUUCCCUCCCUGCGGCCUCGGAACGGCCAUCGAUCCGACAUGGGCCAGUCAAGGCACGAGCCGGAGCCAGAACGUCCUAUUAUGACCAAGAUGUUCUACCUCACCAGGAUCGGGCCAUGCGGCAUUGCGACAGGUCUCGACAUUGGCCUGGGCAACACCUCGCUCCAGUUCAUCACCCUUACCUUUUACACAAUGUGUAAAUCCUCCUCUCUCGCCUUCGUCCUCCUCUUCGCCUUCCUCUUCCGCCUCGAGACGCCCACCUGGAAGCUCGUAGGCGUCAUCGCCACCAUGACCCUCGGCGUCGUCAUGAUGGUGGCCGGCGAAGUCGAGUUCAAGCUCGGCGGCUUCAUCCUCGUCAUCUCGGCCGCCUUCUUCUCCGGCUUCCGCUGGGGUCUCACGCAGAUCCUGCUGCUGCGCAACCCGGCCACCUCGAAUCCCUUCUCCAGCAUCUUUUUCCUCGCCCCCGUCAUGUUCCUCACCCUCGUCAGCAUCGCCAUCCCCGUCGAGGGCGCCGGCGCCCUGCUCGCCGGCCUGGAGGGCAUUGCCAAGGAACGGGGCGUGCUCGCCGCGCCGCUCUUCGUCUUCUUCCCCGGCGUGCUCGCCUUCCUGAUGACGGCCUCCGAGUUUGCGCUGCUGCAGCGCACGUCGGUGGUGACGCUCUCCAUCGCGGGCAUCUUCAAGGAGGCCGUCACCAUCUCGGCGGCCUCGCUGGUGUUUGGCGAUACCAUGACGCCGGUCAACAUGAUUGGGUUGGUGGUCACGCUGGCGGCGAUUGCUACCUACAACUGGAUCAAGAUCAGUAAGAUGCGGCAGCAGGCGCAGACGGAUGUCCACAGGGGGCAUUUGGCGGAAGAGGAGGAGCGCCUGCCGCCUCGUGGCAAUGGGAGUGGGAGUGGGAGUGGGAGUGGGAGUGAUGACGACCACGCGGAGGAGGCUGGUUUGCUGAGGCCGAGCGUGGACAACGAUCAAGUCCUCUUCACUGCAGAUGGAGGGGACGUGGUUGCCGGACCGGGGCCUGAUGUUGGGCCGGUUCAAACUGGAAGGGAGCCAAGAACGGACUGA